AAAAAAAAAAAAAAAAAAAAAACGAAUUUCGAACUGACCUGGUGUAGUUCUUCACCCUCUCGCCUACGAUAAUACAAUAGUGCAUAGUACACACGCGCAGUUACUCACUCUCCUCACAUUGCCAGUGCCUGCCUGAUAUCGAUGACUGGACAGUCUCAGGCACACGGCUCGUCUGCGCAGGCAAUCGAGACCUCUGUCCAAGUCGCACUCCGCAUCCGACCCAUCUUCACUGACAGCAGGAGCCAGAACAAGUCUCGACAACGCGCAGAUACAGAAGUCCUCCAUGUCAUCGAGAGAUCACCUACACCCUCAUCGCUAUCGGGAGCAUCAUCAGGACAGCAUGAUCAGCCUCAACAAGUUGCAGUAGUCCCGUUGCAACGACACUUCACAUUCGAUCACAUCUUUGGGACGGGUGCGACGCAGGAGGAAGUCUACCAGGGCAGUGUCAAGCGCAUGGUCGACAAAUUCAUGGAAGGCUACAAUGUGACCAUAAUGGCAUAUGGCCAGACAUCUUCCGGAAAGACUUAUACCAUGGGCACAGCAGCCCCAACAACUGAGGAUCGCGGGAGCUCAUCCGAGGGUAUUAUUCCGCGAGCUAUGACCCAGCUCUUCCAAGAUGCGAGGAGACCACCCUCCGUAUACCCAGGCUACAGGACCCCGCCGCCCAAGACCAUCUUCCGCGUCUCCUUUGUCGAGAUCUAUAACGAAGACCUCAUCGACCUGCUCGUCAAGGGCGACUUCCGUCCCCCGGUGACCAUCCGUGAGGACACCAAGGGAAACAUCUUCUGGACAGGUGUUCAGGAGAUUGUUGUCACGUCCGUGGAGGAGGUUAUCCAUUUGCUAUGGUUUGGCUCACAGAACAGACAGACGCAUUCAACAGAGAUGAAUGAAAAGUCGUCUCGGUCGCAUGCAAUCUUCAGCAUCACCCUCCGACAGGAGAAAUUUAUCCCGACCCAUCCUCCACCACCAUGGGUGACAUUGAACAGCAAGUUCCAUUUUGUGGAUUUGGCUGGUUCGGAGCGAUUGAAGCGUACGUCUGCGAUCGGAGACCGAGCCAAAGAGGGAAUCAGCAUUAAUGCAGGAUUGCAUGCUCUGGGAAACGUCAUUUCUGCGCUUGGGGAUCCCAGCAAGAAGGCUAGUCAUGUGCCCUAUCGCGACUCGAAACUGACAAGGUUGUUGCAGGAUUCUCUGGGAGGAAACGCUUUAGCACUGAUGAUUGCUUGCGUCAGUCCGAGUGAACUGAAUUUGGGCGAGACUCUUAAUACACUCAAGUAUGCAAAUCGUGCAAGAAAUAUCAAGAACUCGUCCUCGCUCAACCAAGAG